CAGUAGUUGCAUGCCACCCACCAGAUGUGACCCAGCUUCGGAAAAACUGACUGAUGUGACCCCCUGGGACCUCCUUGUUGGUCAUAAUGGGAUGUGGCACCUCCGUUGCUAUGGAGACACAUGUGAAAAGCGUGGAGACAGAUGACACGGUUAAGACUCCCAGCCCCGCUCUGACUAUGAAAGCAGCUGUUUUGAUCCAGCGAUGGUACCGGCGCUACAUGGCCCGUCUGGAGAUGAGGCGCAGGUACACCUGGAACAUCUUUCAGUCCAUCGAAUACGCCGGGGAACAGGACCAGCUACAGCUCUCCAGUUUCUUUAGUUUCAUGCUCGACAACUUCACUCAGCUGAAUGGAAAUGGGCCAGACUUGAUCUCCCAGCUGCUGGACCCGUUGGUGGACCCCUGGUUAGACAGAGAGACCGGCUACAACUUGAUCCCUGUUCCAGAGUCGUACACCGGACCCCGACUGUCGUUUCCCCUCUCUGUCUCUGAUACGAAUGUUCUCCUCGGUGCAUUUAAAGAGCAGCAGACUCUGCAUGCCAGAUACGUCCUGCAGCUGCUGUACGAGACCAAAAAGCUCCUCAAACAGAUGCCGAACAUCAUCCAUCUGUCAACAACCUACACCAAAGAGAUCACUAUAUGUGGUGAUCUGCACGGACGGCUUGAUGACUUACUUCUCAUAUUUUAUAAGAAUGGCCUUCCCUCUGCGGAGACGCCAUAUGUGUUCAAUGGGGACUUUGUGGACCGUGGGAAAAAGUCAGUUGAAGUGGUCAUCCUCCUCUUUGCCUACCUGCUGCUUUACCCUGACUACAUGCACCUUAACCGAGGAAACCAUGAAGACCACAUAAUGAACCUCAGAUAUGGGUUCACAAAAGAGGUCAUGCAGAAGUACAAGACUCAUGGCCGAGAGAUCCUCCAGCUGUUUCAGGAUGUUUUCAGCCUUCUGCCUGUUGCAACGGUCAUUGACGGAAAGAUCCUGAUUGUUCAUGGAGGGAUAUCAGACCAGACCGACCUGGACUUCCUUUGCUCCAUAGAGAGGCACAAGGUGAAAUCUGCCCUGAGGUUUCCCAGGCACAGUUUGGAGCAGCUGGACAUCGGCCAGUCCUGCAGACAAAUGAAAAGAAUGAGAUCGACCACGAGUUCUUGUCCCAGCAGCAGUCGAAGCCACAGCAAGAACCAAAGAACGCCGACCCUGAGAAAGAGGCGAUGCCGUCAGGACAGCGCCACCUCCACUUCUUCCUCCUCCUCCUCAUCGUCCUCGUCCUCUUCGCUCUGCUCUCCUCGAACUCCAUCGUGCCUCUCGCCGCGUCCAUGCCCAUCUUCUCCCAGCAUGCCUUACACCAUCAAUGCCCUCCAAGUGCCUUUCCUGGACUCUCUGUCCUCUCUUCCCCCUCCUUCACCUCCACAACAGGAGCGGGAAUGGAAACAGAUAGUGGAUAUAUUGUGGAGUGACCCCAAAACACAAGAAGGCUGCAGUCCCAACACAUUCAGAGGAGGAGGCUGCUACUUCGGCCCUGACGUGACCCAGAGACUGCUCCACCAUCACGGACUCCAGCUGCUCAUCAGAUCCCAUGAGUGCAAACAGGAGGGAUAUGAGCUCUGUCAUGGUGGACAGGUGAUCACCAUUUUCUCAGCGUCAAACUAUUACGAGGAAGGAAGCAACCGUGGUGCCUACAUCAAAGUGGGCCGAGAACUGGUUCCCCGCUUCUACCAGUACCAAGUCAGCCGCACAACACGCAAACUCACCCUGACUCAGAGAGUCCGAGUUGCUGAAGGCUCUGCCCUCAAGGCCCUGAAGGAGAAGCUGUUCUCCCAUCGCUCUGAGCUGCUGGCGGGUCUCCAGCAGUACGACCAGAACAACACUGGUAAUGUGUCAGUCAGUGAGUGGGCUCAGGUGCUGGAGUCUGUACUGAGGCUGGAUCUGCCCUGGAGGACACUUCGUCCGCACUUAGCCCGUCUGGCACCAGAUGGCAGUGUGGAGUAUCAGUCCAGCUUCGAGGAUAUGGAACCAGGACUUCCUCUGCCUCAGGUGACUCCAAACUUGGCUGAAACUCUGUUCAGAUACAGGACAGACAUCGAGAUUAUAUUCAACAUUAUAGACAAAGACCAUUCAGGUCUGAUCUCCAUUGAGGAGUUUCGUCACACCUGGCGUCUCUUCAGCGCCCACCUGGGGGUCGACAUUGACGACAGAGCCAUUGAUGACCUCGCCCGAAGUAUCGACUUCAACAAGGACGGCAGCAUAGACUUUACAGAGUUCCUAGAGGCCUUCAGAGUAGUUCACAAUCUGGACAACAAGGAUCAGCAACUUAAUGGAAAGCUGGACAAAGAGAAGUAUUUGUGA